AUGGAUGAGGACUUGGAGUCAAUAACAGAGGAAACUUCAUUCGUGGUUGAUAAAAAGAAGAUUUUGUCAUUGGAUUACUAUCGAUCGAAUUUAGGAGUGACUUGCUUGGAUGUUGAAAAUCGAAAAUUGUAUGUAUAUGAGGAUAUUGAGGUGUCCUACCCAAAUAUAUAUGUGGACGCAAUUAUUGAUGAUUUGGGACCUGAUAUUAUAUUUGUGUCUUCCCGAUGCACAGAAUCUAUGAUUACCCUUGUAAGGAGUUUGGAGGUAGAUCGGAACUUGACAGUUUUUGUCAAGAUAGUGUCAGAAUAUACAAAAUCUGACCACCAAAGUUUGGCACAAUCAUUUGAGAAGUAUAUUGGUACUGUUAGCUCAAGGCUUUUCAUGAAUGCAGCGUUGAAAUCCCCCUACUAUAAAAUUAGUAUGGGCACGUUGAAUGCGAUUUAUCUUGAAAUAUCAGAUUACACCGAUGUCCAAUGUUUGGCAGAAAUGGUUGAUUCCGUCGAAUCUUGCAACUAUAAGAACCUCAUGUUCGUCGAUGUUGACCUGUUGUAUGCUCUUCAGAUUGAUACUGAUUCACACACAAACAAAGUUUCAAAGAACUCGAUAAAUAGCUUAUUUGAUUUCUUGAACCAUACAGCUACACGAGAAGGAUAUUUGCUACUUCGUGACUGGGUGAGAAAGCCCUUGGCAAAUUUAAAAUUAAUCGAGGAACGUCAAGCUUUGGUAAAAGUUUUGUCUUUAGAGUCCUUCAAAGAGAGUCGAAAACUGGUAUUCAAACUACUAAGCCAAUUAAAGGGUCUGUUUCGGAAGAUCAGAAGAUUGAGGACAAAUGAGUUGCUUUGGAAUAGUUGGAAAUCUUUGCUUCUUUUUUUGUCCAAUUCGGUGCAAAUUGUGAAGCUUUUGAGGUUAUAUAUUGCUACAUUAGGAGUCGGGACUUUGCCAGGCUUCAAUUUUCGUGCCUUGUUGAGUGAUGACGUUCUUGAGUUUCGGAAACUUUCAGAUGCCAUACUUCUGAUCAUUGAGUUGGAAUCAUCCUCGGAAGAGGGCAAGGUUAGAGUUUUAAGUGGAGUGGACGAAGAGAUUGACCAAUUGAGAGUAAUUUAUAAUGACUUGGAGUCGAUUUUGCAAAAUUGCACUGAGGAACUAAUGGCUACACACAACCAAAACUUCAACACGGUUUACAUACCACAGUUGGGUUUUUUAGUUUCCAUUGAUGUCACCACUUCCUCACUGGAUUUGGAUUUACCAAUAGAAUGGGAGCAAGUGUUUGCGACACCUACCAAUGCAUAUUACAAAUGCAACAAAGUUCAAGAAUUGGAUGAAAAGUUUGGUGAUGUUCACACUCUUAUUAACGAUAGAGAAAUAGAGAUUAUACAAGGGUUGCAGGAGGAAGUGUUGGAUUAUGAAGAGAAAAUACUAGAUGUUAUGGAUGGCCUAGUAGAAUUGGACUGUUUUUGCUCGUUGGCUGAAGUUUCAGCAUUUCCCAAUUUCAAUUUCCCAACAUUAACCGAUGGAUUGGAGUUGCAAAUCGAAAAUGGGCGUCAUGUAUUACUAGAAUCAUGUCUGAAAUUGGUUGUCUCCAAUGAUAUAGAAUACAAAAAUAAGGAACGGAUGAUCAUCAUCACUGGGGCCAACUUCUCAGGAAAAUCGAUCUUCCUCAAUCAGACUGCAUUGAUUGUGGUUCUUGCGCAAAUUGGUUGUGCCAUUCCAGCUACAUGUGCCGUUAUCGGUAUGGUUGAUAAAUUAUUAACAAGAAUCCUGUCAAGGGAGUCAUUAGAAAAACGUCAGUCCACGUUUGCCAUAGAUAUAAAUCAGCUAUCAAAGUGUAUUGAUCACAAGACAGAGAGAUCGUUGGUGAUCAUUGAUGAAUUUGGCAAAGGUAGUGAUUCAAUUGACUCACCGGCCCUUUUAGGAGGCACUUUAGUCUAUUUUGCUUCACAGAAUGAUUGUCCUAGGUGUAUAAUUUCCACCCAUUUCAUGGAGCUUUUUCGUGGUAAUUUGAUUGUUGAUAGGUUGCCUCAAGAGAGAGUCAAGUUCUUAUCUACCCAGGUAAUUCUACAAAAUGAUCAAACAGAUCGCACCAGUAUUACGUACUUGUACAAAAUCGUCCCAGGGAUAUGCGACAAUAGUCAUGGAAUCCAUUGUGCUAAAGUCUGUGGAAUUCCACUGACGAUUAUUGCACGAGCAAAAGAGAUUGGUCACAAACUUGAUGAAGGAAAAGAUUUGGUUAACGAGAUGACUCUUUUGACUGCACAUGAAGAGCAAAAUUACUCCAUUGCAAGAGAUGUAGUUAUGAAAUUUUUAGCAUUAGAUUUCAGUGAAGCAGAUCGAACUACAUUUGAUAUCUCACAAUUUGAUGCUAUAUUUUGA